UUGUCUGUGAAAGAAAAAAAAAGCACGUUUUGCAGUUUUUUACCACCCAAGGACAGCAGUUCCUCGCUGUGGGAGGAGCCAGCGGCGUGUUUCCGCUCAGAGCAGGCCGACAGAGGUUACACGGUGAUCUACGCAGCCGUGCGGAGAAAUCACCGAAGAAGUGGCGGAACAGUUGUUUGUUACCGAGGAACACUGUCAGACUAAAUUUGUUGGAGCAUUUGUUGUCCACAUCGGGGGAAGAAGAAGAAAAAGAGGAGGAGGAAGAAGGAGUGGCAGCUGGACUGUCAGCAAUGGAAGCCGAGUUUCGGGAAAUCGAUGAAAACGGGAGCUGGAACGGCGUUUACCAGGAGAUUCGUCAGCAGUCAUGUGACCUCCCCUGCAAGUUUGCCAAAUUACCUGAAAACAAGAGUCGGAAUCGUUACAGAGAUGUUAGCCCAUUUGACCACAGCAGAAUAUGUCUGCAGCUGGGUACAAAUGACUACAUUAAUGCCAGCCUAAUAACAGUAGAAGAGGCACAGAGGAACUACAUCCUCACUCAGGGACCCCUUCCAAAUACAUGUGGCCACUUCUGGGAGAUGGUGUGGGAGCAGAGGACCCGCGGUGUGGUGAUGCUGAACAGAGUCAUAGAGAAAGGCUCUGUUAAAUGUGCCCAAUAUUGGCCACAGAGGGAGGAGAAGGACGCUGUCUUUGAAGACACCAAUUUCAAGCUUACCCUCGUCUCAGAAGACAUCAAGUCUUACUACACAGUCCGUCAGCUGGAGCUGGAAAAUCUGUCUACUCAAGAGACUCGUGAGAUUUUACAUUUUCACUACACCACCUGGCCUGACUUUGGGGUGCCAGAGUCUCCCGCCUCCUUCCUUAACUUCCUGUUCAAGGUGCGAGAGUCCGGGUGCCUGAAUUCAGACCAGGGGCCAGUGGUGGUGCACUGCAGUGCUGGCAUUGGUCGCUCGGGGACCUUUUGUCUUGUGGACACCUGCCUCUUAUUGAUGUCUAUCCGUAAGGACCCGUCUUCAGUGCGUAUUCGCGAUGUGCUGCUGGAGAUGCGACGCUAUCGAAUGGGCUUGAUUCAAACAGCGGAUCAACUUCGCUUCUCCUACCUCGCUGUCAAUGAAGGUGCCAAAUACAUCAAGGGUGACACAUCUCUGCAGGAGUCAUGGAAAGAGCUCUCGAACGAGGAAGACGAUCCUCCAGAGUUCACCCCUCCUCCUCCUCUUCCUCCUCCCAGAGACCCUUACAAUGGGAAAGUUGAGCCAUCGUUUUUCCCUGAAAAUGAUGAGAUCAUCCAACGCAUUGAGCCCAGGAAUCUCGGGUCCUCACAAGAGUCGGAGCUGCGUAAGAGGAACGUUGAUGCUCCCCAGCCUCCUCCUGAUCAUGGUGAACUUCUCGAUGGCCACAUCGGAAGCCAAGAUCUUACCUCCAAAGCCCCAUCCAAAUCCCAGCAGCAGCAGCACGAGGCCCAGGAGCAGGAGGCGGUCGAGGCAGCAGAGCAGCCAAAGGAAAGCUCUCCUGUGCCGGGGACUUGGUCUCCUCUACUAGCCAACGUGUGCCUGUGCACAGCGCUGGCUCUCAGAUUGUCCCACAAAUUGGAGAUCAUCCAUCUGUCCUUCCUUGAUUGAAAAAAAACAUCAACAGUUUACAGUAACAACCCUACUCGUGCAGGAGGACAAAUUUCACUUCCAUAAUAUUCACAAUUUCCGAAGUCUGGUUGUCAAAAUAAAACAGGAUGUCAGUUUAAUUGACCAGUGUGUCAGAGUGUCUGGUAAUCUAGGAAAGUUUUAGAUGUGAGCUUUGAGGAACAGUGCCAUAAGCUGAACUUUCUAUAAUGAAGGAACUUUGGCACCUCGAAAGAUAGGUGGGGCAUCUUCCUUUUUCUGGAGUCAUGCCAUAGUGAACUACAGAAGAAAUUACUCUAUGUGUAUGUGUACUCUAUUUGUAUGCUUGUAGGAGCCAGCAUGGUAAAGGUGUAUCAAUGUUAGAUCAGUGUUGGUUUAUAUCUGAUGAAAACUGAUUUGAAUGACUUUCUUGGUUUGAGGUGACACUGAACUCAUACCUGCAAAACUAUUGAAGAUUGAUUGUGAAAAUGUCACAAGUUCAUUUGUCUUUCUUAAAUAUAGUGCAUAAAAUAUAAUCUU